GUAUGGCGGGCAUAUAACACGAUGAAUACGUUCUUCAUCUCCCCACUACCACAACCUUCACGAUCACCAUCUCAUAACCUCCCACCUCCUUCCCAUUCAUCUUCAUCAAAGACACAGUCAUGGCCACGCAAAGGCGCUCGUCCAACGCCGUUCUCCCUGGUAGCUGGAACGAGAGCAACAGCACCGUCAGCUCCGCCUCUUCCUUCUCGCCAUCACCCCACGCAUCUCCCGCCCCUUCCCCACGCACCCCAUCGCCCUCCCUCGCCGCGCUCCGCCCCACACCCUCCUUCCUUGACAAGCCGCCCUCGUACUCGCCCACCAUCACCCCCACCUUCGUCCACCCCGCCGACCCGCGCGCCUUCCUCCACCGCCUCGAGCAGCAGCUCGACGAGGCCGCGCGCAGCACGCAGCGCCUCGCGCGCGCGCUCGCGGACGCGGACCGGGCGGAGGCGAGCGCGAGCGCGGAGGGCGGGCGCGUGCGCGACCUCGAGCAGCGCGUGAAGGAGCUGGAGGAGCGCCUUGCGGGCGCGCUGGCGCGGGACCAGCGGGAGGCGGAGCUGCUGGAGGCGCUGCGGCAGAUCCCCGCGGGGCCGUUCUUGUUCAGGAUGACGAGAUCUCUGAAAAGGGUCUGGGCGGCGAUGUGGAGGCUGUAGGGCGUCACUGUCAGCGGCGCAGGCGCCGUAUCCCGGUUCAAGCACAAGGCUUGGACCCGAUCGUUGUAUUUCAUGCAAGUACUUAUUCAUGCAGCGCAGAAGAUUUAUGUCGACGGACCAGUUAUGUGUAUCUAUGUGUAUGACUAGCCGCGCUGGGUCGCGAACCCCAUGUACUAGUCGAUGUAUG